AUGGAAGGCAGUAGAAAAACUAUCAAGGAUGGUGGAAAAGAGAAGCUAAGCGCAAUUGUGAAGGGUCUCCUCACACGUCACCUCCCCAAGAUAUUGGAAGGUAUCGAGGACAUGGCAACUCCCAAGGACUUGCCGACAUUCUGGAGUAUCUGCCGGACUCUGCACGGGCUCUCUUAUCAGCUGAGCAAGUCUGAAGGAGAAAACUCUGUCCUGAUGAGACUGUUUAUUGGAAUCCUCCAGCAGAAAUUCAUCCACAAGGAAAAUGGUUGUCUUUAUCAGAUGAAUCAGGCCCUUGUUCAUCUUCUUGGGGUUCCACCCUCCAAGACACAAGACGAUAGGGUACAAAAGGCUAGGGAACGAGACAACCAGAAGAAAGACAAGAGCCAACCAUUUGACAAGGAACUACACGACAAGAAGCAACGAGAGAACAACAAGAAACAGCUAGAAGAGAGGCAUGAAAAGAAGAAACGAGAAAACAAAAUGCGAGACGCAUGUCGUAUCAUCUCACUCUGCUCUAUCCAAGCCUUGUCAAGUCGGCUAGUACAUCAUCAUCCUCUCAUUCUCCAAGCUUGGGCAGACCACUAUCAGCAUUGGGAAGACAUUGAUCUCAAUGAGGAAAUGUAUCUUUCUCAGUGUCAGAAAGCAUUUAAGGAGAUUCAGAUAAAUCUCGACAAGUCUAACGGCAUGCUAUAUAAAGAGAUCACGAUUUUUGUUCUCAUACAUUACAGUCAUGUAGCCCACUACGUCCUCCACGACAGAGUUCUGGCGCAGGAACUCGCCACAUUACUUUGGAGCCGCACUGGCGCCUUGCUAGUCAAUACGGAGCGACCCGUGUCAUGCAAUGUCUAUGUUCAGGGCAUGGUCGAAUCCAUCAAGAUACAGGCACUGCUCUGCCACAUCACCCACGAGGAUAAUCUCAAGUCCCAUGAGCAAUUGAAGAAGAAGAAGCACCAGUUGGGUCUUUACAGUAAAGCAACUCGUCGUAGGUAUCGCAAAGAAGUCAUCGAAUCACGCGGAAAGACUGUUAUACUAGGUUCUCUGGGCCCCUACAAUUUGGAAGCGCAGAAUAAAUGGGGUCUGCACGAAGUGGUAGAAAAGAUGAUGACUAUUGAACAAGAAGACUUUCAGCUCUUUCUGACAGAUUUACAUUAUCUUCUCGAUUGUCUCUGGAAUAUCGACACUGGUGUAAUGAUGCGUUUGGAAACUGCAAUGAGCAAGCUGUCAUCGAGCGACGAUAUUGAAUGUCAGCUUCUUCUGGCAGGUCUGUAUGACAUGGUUGCAUCUCUGAAGCAAGCUACUAGCGGGGAUAUAGGUGUUGUGUUCGCAAGGUCGCGUUGGCUGUGGAACAAGUCAAAGGAGACAAGUCUCUCCGAGAUUGAUUGGUAUAAUUUGACCAAGUUCCUCGAGGGGGAAAUGCAUACGGCUGAUAGUAAAGGGGCCGAGUGGCGUUCGAAGGCCAAACGUCUGAGGAUUCUGGUUGUAAAUUCAGAAAACGUAUAG